GCUAAUGGGCGGAGCCAAGAGGAAAACAAGGAAGUGAAAGCUCGGCCAUCAGAGUUUCAAUGAAUUUAAGUCCCGUUAAGCUCUUGCCGUUUGGACAUCGGUUUGUUUUAUAAUUCAGUACAUAAAGAGGGGCAGAACAGACGGAACUGGCAAUGGAGAAUGUACGAAAGCGUCGAGGCAGCGACCCACACAGUACUGCUGGUGUUUGCAAAGAAAAUGCCCCAAAGAAGGAAAGGCGACCUUUUCACUUUGACCUUUGGCUCUGUCUGACUCUACAGAACUGGGUUCUUGACUUUGGAAGACCCAUCGCAAUGAUUGUCCUUCCUCUGGAGUGGUUUCCUCUCAACAAGCCAAGUGUUGGAGAUUAUUUCCACAUGAUCUACAAUGUCGUUGCACCGUUCCUGCUGCUCAAGCUGAUGGAGCGCGCUCCCAGGCCCGUUCCCCACACAGCCGUCCACCUCUGCAUCAUCACGUUUGUCAUGGGGGCCAGCAUCCACCUGGUGGGAGACUCCAUCAACCACCGGCUCAUCCUGAGCGGCUACCAGCUGCACCUGUCAGUCAGAGAAAACCCAAUCAUCAAAGACCUCAAACCGGCUUCACUGAUCGAUUCAUUUGAGCUGCUGUAUUUUUACGACGAGCACCUGGGACACUUAAUGUGGUAUAUUCCAUUCUUCAUCAUUGUGCUGAUCUACUUCAGGGCCUGCUUCUCAGACUCUGACCAUCAGGAGAAAAUGCCUCUCUCUGGUUGGCUGUUACUGGGACCCAGCUCUCUCUACUAUUGGUACUUGGCCACCGAGGCUCAGAUAACUGGACUGUUCCUCCUUGCUUUCCUCGCCAUGUUCACAGAAGGAAGCGCAGCAGCUUUAGAAAUGGCUAAAUUCUUCACACCAGCUCAAAUUAGCGAGUUCAAAGAAUGCUUCGCCUUGUACGACAAAAAGCAGAAGAGUAAAAUCGAGUCCAAAGACCUGAUAACAGUUAUGCGCUGCCUGGGAACAAGCCCCACGCUUGGUGAAAUAGAAAGGCAUCUUCAAGUCCACAAAAUCGGAAAGACAGGCGAGGUAGACUUCUCUACCUUCCUGAUCAUGAUGCACAGGCAGAUGCAGCAGGAAGACCCGAAGAAUGAAAUCCUGGAGGCCUUUAGGAUGACGGACAAGCAGAAGAAAGGACAGAUCCAGGCAGCCGAGCUGCGGGCCAAGUUGACCACCUUAGGAGAGAAACUCACAAACAAAGAAGUGGAUGACCUCUUCAAAGAAGCAAACAUCAAGUCAAACGGCGUCAUUAACUAUGAAGCGUUUACUCAAAUGGUGACACUGCCACCAGUCGAUUAUUGAUGAUUUCAGGUAAAAAAAAAAAAGUCAAUCGUCAAAUGAAAGUUGUUUAAAUUGAACUGGAGACACAACAAUCUUGAUUUUUUUUUCAACUUUGUGGAAAUAAAACUCUUCGGUGCUUCAGACGGAGGCCCUUGAUCAAAUCAAAAGAUAUCAUCAUUUACCUUAACACUUGAGUACUUUCUUCAGGAAUUAGCACUGCAUGCAGUAGUAUACAUCAUGAUAUUAUCAUGCUAAUCUAAAUUAACAUGCUUACAUUUUGUUUUUAAAUCUGCAUUUAAAAAAAACUAACUUUUAACGUUCCUUUGGAGUUGGACAUUUGUAAACGUACCAUUAGGUUUGUAAUUUGAAAAUAACUAAAUUUUUCUUAAUAUGCUUUCAACACAUUUGUGUUCAUAACUUGUAUUUAUUUAGCUAAACUCAGACUGUGCAGAAAAAUAUGUAAUAAAACAACAUUAAUACAUAAAGACAAGUUCUCAGAAUGUGCUCAUUUGUAGAUUCACUCAACAGAUUUGUUUCAGAUCAGAAAAAAGGGAUUAAUAACACUGUACAAGUAGUAUAGAUUUGAAAAAAAAAAGAUCUACUUUUAUUUUUUAAAAUUGAUCAAAAUCACUUUUAUAUUUGGAGUUACAUCAGUCAAACUAUUCUUCUACAUGUCCAUCUUCUUGUUACUUGUAUUUAGUGCCAGCAUUCACAAAUAAAUGCACUUUUUGGUGGUAUUAGUGUUUUUUCUUCAUAAAU